UCGGUUGUGGAUAACAAGAUCACAGCUUGAAGCUUUACCCGUUAGAUCAAAUAUCAGGUUGCAUGUCUGAUCCCGACCAUCCAUCCUUGCCACAAUACCUGACUCCUAUCACUUUAACACACCCGCUCUCUUCUCUUCCCUCACCCGGUACGCGACCCCCACUCUCUUCCCGCACCCCGUACCCGACCUCACACACUACCCUCGCAUAAGUACCCGCCCGCACACCCUUCCUUUGUCCCUAUAUCUGACCCAAGCAAACGACCCUCAAUCCGAGCCCGACCCCAACACUCUUCCCUCACCCCGUACCCGCCCCCCACUCUUUUCCCUCACCCCCUACCCGACCUCACACACUACCCUCGCAAAAGUACCCGACCCUGCUUCUCGACACCCCAACCCCCCAAAAAGUACCCACCCGCACACCCUUCCUUGGUCCCUAUAUCCGACCCCUACACACGACCCUCAAUUCGAGCCCAAACCCAACACUCUUCCCACAACCCGUACCCGACCCCCACACUCUUCCCUCAAACCGACCCCGACCCUGCCACUCGUCCUCCACCCCUUACCCGACGGCAACACUCGUCGGUCGCCCCGUGAGUGCCCUAUCACAUCCCGUUGUGUUAAUUUCCUAGAGGCGACACACAGGUAAGCGAUACAAUCAGCGAAACGCCAUCUCAUGGUUGACUUGUCUGACUUCACCUGAAGGAACUGCGCUGCCGUAUCUACCGUCUCCCCGAGGGGCAGGGCCGCGUUACAACACACUCCGACUCUAACCUGUGAGUUCCCGUACAGGUGAAACACGAUACCCUACCAACUAGCACAAGCACACUGUUCAUUAAUACGGCGUAAAGGAUUAUUCUUGUGAGCUUCACCCAGUAACACCGUUGGACACCAAAGACACCCAGGACACAACAGGACACCACAGGACAUCACAGGACACCACAGGACACCACAGGACACCACGGUGGAUGUAUCUUAUACCCAUAUUUCGCUCAUAACACUCAGAAGUCACCCAGUACAGUGAGUUCCGUCUCCCUCCCUCGCGGGGACAGGUACAGAAGAAAGUAUGUAGUGUUUAUAAUUAUAUACUUAUACAGUUUUUGUAGAUUUUACGUGGACACACGUCCGCAUAUUACACAUUGUAACAAUUUUAUGAUUCAUAACACACUGAACGCAUGUAUUAAACCAUCCGUGUUGCCGUGGUGAUAUUCGAUGAAGAUGCGUACGUGUUUUGGCUAGAUGACGCAAUUAUUUCCCUGAAACAUGUUUAAAGCGAACACAAGCAUAUAAGAACAGUGCUAAGGAGUGCGAAGAGAAUAAAGGAUCUUAUAUUACACUGAGGCCGUUACUUGUCUAACCACACCAUGAAGGAUCGUCUACGUGUUUAUGUGUCAUGAGAUUUCACAAGUGCGUAUUUUGAGAUGGGCGAUUAACCGGGAUUUACUAUACAUGGAUGUGAAGCUUGUGUAUCUGAAUUUAACAACCUUCAUCUUUUGACAGACCGGUAUCCUAUAGAUAAAAAAUAUCUUUAUAAAAUAUGCACUUAGUCGUGUGAAAGCAUGACAAUGUGUCCUCGAUGGAGUAGACUGUUGUUACUGUUGACGGCGUUCGGCUACGGCCUUUUGGCCAAGGACGUCAUCAAGGUCGGGUUCAUCACCACCAUUGACAGCCCCGAACCCAACAAAGCCGAGGGUAGGAGGAUAGCUGGUGCCAUGGCGCAUGCCGUCAAUACCGUCAAUGACAACCCUGACAUCCUCCCCAACCACACCCUUCAGUACGUGUUCGCCGACAACAGAGAUAAUGAGUUCGUCAGCGUCAAUGAACUGACGGAACAGUGGCGGAAUGGAGCCGUCGCUUUCUUUGGACCGGAAGACUUUUGUGAAACCGAGGCUAAGGUGGCAGCGUCGUGGAAUCUUCCUGUUAUAUCCUAUAAAUGCGACGACGCAGUUGUGUCGGACAAGAAGGAGUUCCCGACGUUUGCGAGGACGCAGCCCCCGAGUUCCCACUCUGCUACUCAGGUGAUGGCGCUGAUGCGCUACUACGGAUGGAGCAAGUUCACCAUCGUUGUCGAGAAGAAUGACCUCAUGGUGCGGGCUGCCGAGAACCUCAAGUACCUUGCUGAGUUUAACAACAUGACCGUCAACGACCUCGCCAACUUCACCGGGCCCUACAGCCACUCCCACAACUUGCCGGAAAUCAGCGCAAUAGUCAUGAGGACGUAUCUCAGGACAAGGGUGUACGUCCUCUACUCCCGUAUCCCCGCCUUCAUCGACUUCGUCCGCUUCCUCAACCGCCUCGGGCUCACGGACACCGGCGAAUACGUCGUCAUCGGCAUCAGAGACGACGAAACUUACAACCCCGAAUCCAACACCGAUUUCAUAUUUAGAGAGACCGAGUACGAGUCGGAGAGAACAGUAGAAGAUGUGAUGGCGUUCCAGCCCGUCCUGCAGCUUCAGUCCCGACCCCCCACCAACCCCAACUACACCCAGUGGCAAGACGAGGUGCGGAGCUUCCUGUACCGACCCCCUAUCAACUUGCCCCCACCGCCGCCGUUACACGUGCUUCUUAACUUCAAGGUCAAGGUCACGAUUUUCGCCGCCUACUUGUAUGAUGCUGUCCUGGUAUACGCACGUGCUAUACAUGAGCUGCUCAACGAAGGGGGUGAUCCGAAAAAUGGAACUGCUGUGUUUGAAAAGAUCCGGAACAGGACUUACGAAAGUAUUGAGGGUCACCAGAUCUACAUUGACGAGAAGGGGGACGCGGAGGCCAACUACACCGUCCUGGCGUUACGGAGAAAGAACAACACCUUCGGCUUCGACCUCAAGCCCGUGGGCUGGUUCUUCAGAGACUCGUCCAAUAAAUACAUCGAGUUUGUGGAGGACCUGCCCGUGUACGGCCCGUCGUCUGUCCCCCUGGAUGAACCCCUGUGCGGGUAUGGCGGGGAGAGGUGUAAACCUGUAGAGAAUUAUGUGGGCUUCAUUGUCGGCGGAUGCCUAGGAGGCCUGUCUCUGAUUGCAGCAAUCAUCAUGCUCACUGUGUACAGGAACUGGCGGUAUGAGAUGGAGGUGGCCAGUCUCAUCUGGAAGAUCGAUCUGAAGGACAUCCAGCAGCAACCGGGGGCGGCCUUCUCCGUCCUCUCCUUCGUCAGCAACACCGCGGGUGUACUGAAGAGUCAUACAAGCCUGAGUUUCGGCCAGGAUCGUAACGAACAGAAGUUCACCAAGGCCGGCGUCUACAGGAGCACGCUGGUCGCCAUGAAGCUGGUGAAGAAGCGACAGCCGGACCUCACAAGGGAGGUAAAGCUGGAGCUCAAACAGAUGAGGGACCUACGACACGACAACAUCGUGCAGUUUAUUGGCGCAUGCGUGGAACCCAAUGAGGUGUACGUCAUCACGGAAUAUUGUUCCAAAGGAAGCCUGGAGGACAUUCUGGAGAACGACGACGUCAAACUCGACACCAUGUUCAUUGCCUCCAUCGUCGCUGACAUACUCAAGGGCAUGGUGUACCUACAUCAGAGUGACGUGGGGAGCCACGGUGACCUCAAGUCCUCCAACUGCCUCGUGGACAGUCGAUGGGUGGUCAAGAUCAGCGACUUUGGCCUCAACAAGUUCAAGAGUGGACAAGAGAUACCUUAUCACGGGGAACACGCGCACUAUAAACGUAGUCUGUGGAUGGCACCAGAACUGCUACGUCUGUCCAAGCCCCUCCGAGGGGGGACCCAAAAGGGGGACGUCUACUCCUUUGGUAUAGUCCUGUACGAGAUCCUGCUCCGAGUCGGCCCAUGGGGGGAAUGUCAUCUCACACCAAAAGAGAUAGUGGAGAAGGUUAAAGCUGGCACUGAUGAGUCUGGCAUCUACUUCCGGCCCAAUCUUUCCCGCCUUACGUGGGACUGUUACGUCAUCGAUGUCAUCAAAGAUUGCUGGGACGAGGAUCCGGAAGAGCGACCUGACUUUAAGACGGUCAGAAAGAUGCUCCGACCUAUGCAGAAAGGAAUGAAGUCCAACAUCUUCGACAACAUGAUGAUCAUCAUGGAGAGGUAUGCCAACAACCUGGAAGCUGUCGUCGCAGAGAGGACGGUGGAGUUGGCGGAGGAGAAGAAGAAGACGGACCUUUUGCUGUACAGGAUGUUGCCGAAGAGUGUAGCUGCCCAAUUGGUCCGGGGACAUCCUGUCAUUCCUGAGGCCUUCGACCUCGUCACCAUCUACUUCAGCGACAUCUGCGGCUUCACAGCGUUGUCGGCGGAGAGCACACCUUUGCAGGUGGUCGACCUGCUGAACGACCUGUACACGUUGUUUGACUCCAUCAUCAAAAACUACGACGUGUACAAGGUGGAGACGAUCGGGGACGCCUACAUGGUGGUCAGCGGACUGCCCAAUAGGAACGGGGACAACCACGCGGGGGAGAUCGCCUCUAUGUCCCUCCAUCUGCUGACCGCCAUCAAACAGUUCAAGAUGAGGCACAAACCGGACCAGGUCCUCAAACUCAGGAUAGGCCUUCAUAGUGGUCCGUGUGUCGCCGGUGUCGUGGGGCUCACCAUGCCUAGGUACUGCCUGUUCGGGGACACAGUCAACACCUCUUCCAGGAUGGAGUCUAACGGAGAAGCCCUGAGGGUCCACGUGAGUCCGACUACUAGGGCGCUAUUGGACAAGCUGGGCGGGUACUACCUGGAGGAACGGGGACUUAUCGCCAUGAAGGGUAAAGGCGAGAUAAGAACGCAUUGGCUGCUAGGCGAAGACAAGAAGGUUCGCGAAAAGCGAACCCGGAACUCAGAUGACAGCGGUGUUCACCUAGAUGCCCCAGACACCUCCGACACCCAAGACACCCCUCAGCCGCCCGAGAGCAUCGCCGCCUUCAACACCAAGUCUUUCAACCCCUGUCUCAGGCCGUCUCUCAUAUUCGAGAAGAAGAAACCCCAAUUCCAACCCCGCACUGACCUCCCAGGACAGGUCGACGGGAGUUCAAGGAGCGAGCCCCUGCCGAAAGCCGAGGCGAGCACUUCCGGUCGCAGUCAUCUAAUCACUGUCUCAGAAUAUCAACCAAAUUUCGACCAAGCUGAAAUCAAACCUGUGAACAGGCUUCUACCAAUUUUGAGGACGAAUGGUUCUAAUUCAUCUAAGGAGUCUGGUAGUCUCAAACCAAGUGGUUCCAACAAUUCCAGGGUGUCCUACCUCCUGAAAACAAACGGUUCUUCCCAUUCGUCACGCGGUACUUCGUCAGCAGACAUCGGGAGUUCAGACCGGAAGUGCACCGCGGUACCUCUGGUUCAGAUCGACAUGGGGAGAUUUAAAGAGGAGGGGUCCAUGGAUUCAAGCACGACAGGGGACACGAACUCGUCCGGAUCCAGACAGCCGAAUACAGUUAAAUUUUCUGAUGAUGACAUUCUUUGAUAACAUUUCAUUUUAAUGUUCUGUAUUUAAGGAUACUCGUGUGUGCAGGACACUUUUAGCAGAUCAGGUCCGUUAUGUGAAUGCAUGACACGUUUUAUUAAUAGCAACAUCUUUUAUUCUUUGUCAUGUUCCAGAGCUGCUUCCUCCUCCUUCACCUUAUCAUUCACCUGAUGAAGGAGCAAGAACUAACAUCAUGACAAAGAAUAAAAAAGAUGCUACCCAUAGAAAGUGCCAUGUAUUCAUGUUCUUCCAACUAAAUGCCUAACAAAGACUUGAGUCUGUUAUGGUCUGAUAAACACGUAAACUUCAUUCCAUGUUAAGGAUGUUCUAGGAUUGUAUGGAUUUUCUACAUGUUGAAUUGCAACAUGGCGUUAACCUGAGAAUGUCACUGUAGGUGUAUUCGAUGCGUUACAUUUGAUUUGUGGCUACAGCAUGACUAGAACAGAUGAGCUGACGUUACACUGUGUGUGUUACUUUGAUGGUAUGACGUUACACUGUGUGUGUUACGUUGAUGGUAUGACGUUACACUUUGUGUGUUACGUUGAUUGUAUGACGUUACACUGUGUGUCACGUUGAUGAUAUGACUUUACACUCUGUGUGUUACGUUGAUGGUAUGACGUUACACUGUGUGUCACGUUGAUGAUAUGACUUUACACUGUGUGUGUUACGUUGAUGUUAUGACGCUACACUGUGUGUUACGAUGAUGGUAUGACGUUACACUGUGUGUUACGUUGAUGAUAUGACGUUACACUGUGUCUGUUACGUUGAUGAUAUGACGUUACACUGUGUCUAUUAGGUUGUGAUAUGACGUUACACUGUGUUACGUUGGUGAUAUGACGUUACACUGUGUCUCUUUCGUUGAUGAUAUGACGUUACACUGUAAGUUACGUUGAUGAUAGGACGUUACACUGUGUGUUACGUUGAUGAUAUGACGUGGCACUGUGUUACGUUGGUUGAUAUGACGUUACACUGCCAGUUACGUUGAUGAUAUGACGUUACACUGUGUUACGUUGAUGAUAUGACGUUACAAUGUGUCAGUUACGUUGAUGAUAUGACGUUACAUUGUGCUACGUUGAUGAUGUAACGUUACACUUUGUCUGUUACGUUGAUGUUAUGACGUUACACUGUGUCUGUUACGUUGAUGAUAUGACGUUACACUGUGUCAGUUACGUUGAUGAUAUGACGUUACACUGUGUCAGUUACGUUGAUGAUAUGAUGUUACAUUGUGCUACGUUGAUGUAACGUUACACUGUGUCAGUUACGUUGAUGGUAUGACGUUACACUGUGUCAGUUACGUUGAUGAUAUGACGUUACAUUGUGCUACGUUGAUGAUGUAACGUUACACUGUGCCUGUUACGUUGAUGGUAUGACGUUUUCCACUGUGUCUGUUACGUUGAUGAUAUGACGCUACACCUGAACUGAGGUGAAUUUGCAAUGGAUGAACUGAGGUCAUGCUGCAACUGUCAAGGAAGAACUGAUAUCAUAAUGUAUUUAUUGUUACGGAAGAUCUGAGAUUAUACCACAGUAACUGUAUUUGUUACGGAUGCACUAUUUUUGUAGCGGAUACACUGUAGCCCCUCUGCACGGCAGUUGUACCACGGGGCGGCGUCAGGCACCAAACUAACGCUUACAUUUCAAUACAAUUGUGUGAGUUAUGGCUGAUGUCGGUAAGACAGGACAGACUUGCCCUACUCGCGAACACCAGGUGUCAUCAAUGGUGCAUUCAUAAUUCAUUAUUUUCACCGCUAUUUUUCCUUGUUUCGGCGGAUAAUCGAGACUGAGAUGGUUAUUCUCUGCGGUGACGUUUUAUAUUUACGAAUAUUCUGAAGUUACGUUUUACGGUAAGGGUGUAAUAUAUCGAUAAAGAAUGCAUUGUGGUUAUAUGGUGUUUGUUGCGGAUAAACUGAGAUGUAUUUGUUGCGGAUAAACUAAGACAUAUGUGUUACGGAGAAACUAAGAUAUAGAUGUGGUACGGAUGAACUGAAACAUAUAUGUGUUACGGAUAAACUGAGAUGUAGAUGCGUUGCGGAUAAUCAAAGACAUAUAUGCUACGGAUAAACCGAGACAUGUAUGUGUUGCGGAUAAACGGAGAUAUAUAUGUGUUACGGAAAAAACUGAUAUAUUUAUGUGUUAUGGACAAACUGAGAUAUUUAAGUGUUACGGAUAAACUGAGACAUAUGUGUUAUGGACAAACUGAGAUAUUUAAGUGUUACGGAUAAACUGAGAUAUUUAUGUUACGAAUAAACUGAAAUGUUGAUGUGUUAAGGUACGAUUGUUGAUUAACAAAUUGAGUUAACGUUACGAUUGUUACGGAUAAACUAAGUUCAUGUUACGUUGUGAUUGUUGUCAUAAAUAAACUGACAUAACGUUACA